CAUGCAUGUUCAUCACCAGUUGUUUUUAAAUUUUUAAUAUUAAUAAUCUCUUGGAUUCAUAGCUCCAACGCUCUUUUGGCUCUCACUCGCUUUCUUUUUCAUUUUGCUUUUCGUUUACACGCGUGCACGAACACAUGCAUAUAUAUCCUAUUUUUCAUCAAAACAUGAAAGGAAAAAAGAAAAAAAAGAAAAAAAAACAAGAAUAUUUCACUAUGAUUAAGGGUAUAUAAGCGAAGGAAAAGAGAGAGGGGCAAGCGUGCGUGCGGGAAGGAAAGUAAGGAAGGAGAAAAUCAUCGAUACAUGAUGGAGAUGAUGAGCUCAUUAACGUGGAUUAUUGUGUUUGUGACAGCCAUUUCGCUUUCCAUCCUAUUUCUCUAUACCAAAAGCAAAUCAAAGUUUAGCAGUUUAAGUUCCAAAAACUUAUGCCACCUUCCUCUAGGAACCUUGGGAUGGCCUUUUCUCGGCGAAACCAUCGACUUCAUUUCUUGUGCUUACUCUGACCGCCCCGAGAGCUUCAUGGACUGUCGUCGCCGCUUGUAUGGCAAAGUGUUCAAGUCACACAUAUUUGGGACCCCAACUAUUGUUUCAACAGAUGCAGAAGUGAGUCGAUUCGUUCUGCAAAGUGAUGCAAAGGCUUUCGUACCGUUUUAUCCGAAAUCCUUAACUGAGUUGAUGGGAAAAUCCUCCAUUCUUCUAAUCAAUGGGAGCUUGCAAAGGAAAAUCCAUGGUCUUGUAGGAUCUUUCUUCAAGUCUCCACACCUUAAAGGUCAGAUCACUCGGGACAUGCAAAAUUAUGUGCAACAAGCAAUGGAUAAAUGGAGAGAUGAUGCGCCCAUUUUCAUACAAGAUGAAACCAAAACUAUUGCUUUUCAAGUGCUGGUGAAAGCAUUGAUUAGCUUGAACCCAGGUGAAGAAAUGGAAAUCCUCAAGAAACAGUUCCAAGAAUUUAUCUCAGGCCUUAUGUCUUUACCUGUAAAACUACCCGGAACUCAACUUUAUCGAUCAUUGCAGGCAAAGAAGAGAAUGGUUAAGAUUGUACACAAAAUCAUCCAAUCUAAAAGGGAUUCAAGCAUGAGUUCAAUGGUUCCAAAAGAUGUGGUUGAUGUUUUGCUCAAGGACGCUAGUGAACUAUUAACCGACGAUCUAAUAGCAGAUAACAUGAUUGAUAUGAUGAUCCCUGGUGAAGAUUCAGUGCCUGUUUUAAUGACUCUCGCCAUCAAAUACCUUUCCGAUUGUCCCGCUGCGUUACAUCAAUUGACGGAGGAGAACUUGAAGUUGAAAAGGUUGAAAGCUCAAAAUGGAGAGCCAUUGAUUUGGAGUGAUUACUUAUCAUUACCUUUUACACAAAAUGUAAUUACAGAGGCACUAAGGAUGGGAAACAUAAUAAUAGGGGUGAUGAGAAAGGCCAUGAAAGACAUUGAGAUUAAAGGGUAUCUAAUACCAAAAGGAUGGUGCUUUUUUGCAUAUUUUAGAUCAGUCCAUCUUGAUGAAAAUCAUUAUGAUUGGCCUUAUCAGUUUAAUCCAUGGAGAUGGCAAGAAAAAGACAUACUUAGCAGCUAUAACUUCACUCCAUUUGGUGGUGGACAAAGGUUGUGCCCUGGACUUGACUUAGCCAGGCUUGAAACUUCCAUUUUCCUACACCAGUUUGUCACCAAUUUCAGAUGGGUGGCGGAAGAGGACACGAUUGUCAACUUUCCAACAGUGAGAAUGAAGAAGAGAAUGCCGGUUUGGGUGAAAAGAAGGGAAGAGUGAGCGACCCAUCCUCGUUAACCUCAAUCUGCUUUUGGCUGAUUAAUAAAGUUACUUUAUAAAGCACUGCACAAUCAAACAACAAAAUAUUCAAACCAAAACAUAAUAAUAAUAGGCUACAACUGCACACGUGUGGAGGAGCUUUGACAACGUCAUAUACUCAUGUUUUUGUCUUCUUUUUUGUAGGCCAAAAUUUCCAGAUUUUUAGACUUCAGUAAUUAGUACUAGUCCAACUCAAUGUAUAUUUCUUUCUUUUUUAUUGGGACCCAUAAAUUAUCCUUUCUUUUGCAUUAAUUCCAUAAUUACCCUCUUGUUUUUCUUAUUGCACCAUUUUCGCAAUUUAUAAAUUAAUUUAAUGGAAUGAGAAUUGUAGAAUUACGUUUAAAA